CUCAACUAGUCGAGGCUCGCUUGUUGUAUGUGUUGCUCGGGGAUACUGCAAUGGAGCAACGGCAGCGAAAACACGAAAACGGCGUGAAUCAGCGACGAGAUUGAGCUAAAGCACUGUUGUCUGGUUGUGUAAGCGGAUUUCUGACAUCCCACCGCUCCUAUGGCCACAUCAUCAUCAUCCGAGAGUGACACCUGGUGGCACCGAAUAGAAACGGACGUGAAGGAGUUUGCACGCGCCAUUCCCUGCCUGGAUCCCGCCCGCCUGCAGCUGACGGCUCUCAGCUUCGCCCAUGACAAGGCGCACCUUCUGCGGCCCUGCAGCACCAUCAAGGGCUUCAGGGAGUGCUGGCUGCUCGACUGCCUCCCGGAAAUCAACAGCUGUCUCGCCCCUGCCUGCCUCGAAGUCGAGGAAACUCUUUCUGCAAAGACGGUCCUGAAGAGCAGCCGUAGUGAUGACGAGAAGGCUGACAAUGGUCUCCUUGUCUCCUGUUUCUUCGCCUACUUCCUGCUCAAAAAUCAUGCCUGCAUCCAAGUCCUUGACCUCCAUUCGUGCCAACUGCCAGUGUCCGCGCGCCACGCCGUGGAGAUGGCGCUGGCGUACACCCGCUGCCUCGAGGAGGUCGACCUCAAUUUGUGGUAUCAGGAACGGUUGGGCAAGUCUCGACUGUCGGAGAACAUUCCUGAGCUCGCGAUGCUUCGCAAGUUGGCACUGAACACGCUGUCCCAAGGCAGCAACGCCGCUGCCGAGGCCAUCGACAGGAACCGAGGCAUUCGAGAGCUGGAGGUUGGGGGAGAGGGUUUGACCGACAAAGGCCUGCGAAAGAUGCUCAAAGCAAUCGGCAGCUGUCACCGACUUACGUCGCUGGAUCUGAACGAGAUUCGCGUCUCUCCCAAGAGUGCGAGGCGGCUGUCUCUUCUGCUCGAGUCUCCAAGCUCUUUCCUCGCCAAGCUUUCGCUCUACGAUGUCACCAGUGGCGUUGUGGAUGCCAUCCUAGAGUCGUUGCGGACGAAUACGACCCUAGAAAAGCUCAGCCUCUCGUGCGUGAGGCAGCAAGGGACGUCUGCUCUGAACCGUGUGUCUGCGCUAAAGACAAACCGGACGCUCAGGUACCUGCAGGUUCAUGAGUGUCUGGUGGAUGUAAAGGAACUUGCGGACAUGUUGAAGGUUAACUCCGCAGUGGAAGAACUCGGACUGCAGGUCUGUCAGUUGGUCGACGAAGAUGCCGUCGUGCUCGCAGAAGCCAUCGAGGUAAACCGCACUUUGCAGAAGCUCAAUGUACAAGGAAACCGCCUGAGCAGAGACUCGGUGCCUGUGUUUGCAAGGUGCCUGGCUCGUAACAGCUUCCUCCGGGUCGUCGACAUCGGUUACAUUUACUUCACGCCAGACUGCGACGAGACUGUCUCUAGCAUUUUGCAGGAGACGAAGGCCUGCGGGCGACUACUGGUCACCUGGAACAAGGCGGGUCUUCUAGAACUUGCAAGCGUCCUCUCCGACUCUCGCGUCUCAAUGAGCGAGCUCAGCCUCGACUGGCAAGCAGACACGGGGAUGUCUGCGGCCAUCGUGAGCAUUUUUGCGGCUCUCUCCGCAAACACCACGGUCACGGAACUUACCAUCGACAAUGGCUCUGGAGUAGACAAUGCAAUCGGAGAGCAACUAGCUCUCACCUUGAGGUCCAACACAAGCCUCAAGCACGUGUCCAUUAAGAACUACUUCAGAAAGCACGCCGUGAUGAUUGCACUACUCGAAGCACUCGAAGGCAACCGCACAGUUUCGACCUUGUCCUUCAGUUACUCCGUAGAUAGCUCCCGAGUUGCGACGGCUCUUUGCAAGCUGCUGGAGGCAAACAGCACUAUUUAUUCCGUAGAUUUCGACGGAUGGCAUCUCAAGGGGAAAUCGCUACUCGCACUGGCGGCGGCAAUUUUGCGUAACGGCGUUCUGCUAGAGUUCAGACUCGCAAUAUUUUGUGCCCACAAGCAGCUUGUCGAUGUUCGCAACGCCCUGCAUAAGAAUCGUGUUGUCCUGAAGCAGGCUGUGCGAUUCGUUACGCAGCACUCUGAGGACGGGGAAUCGGAACGUGCUUUCAGAACGCUGAAUGGGAAGGAUUCGCUUUUACAGGCGCUUGUCAAGGUUACUGGGAAAACAGAACCUGAGGUGAAAGACAUUCUUAAUGCCACUGCAGCGAGGACACUCUCGAGACAGGGCAGUCCGCAGAGUUUGUGACUCGAAACUUCUCCAAAGUAACGCAAUUCCUGCCAUUUGGAGCAGAGUAAAAAGGUACUUUUGUACCUUUUUGCACUGUUUUAUCUCAUUAUGUUUGAGCAGAGUAAGGUUUUCUGAUUCAUUGAUAUGGCUGAGCUUCAAGUGUCAUUAGAACAAAAAACAAUAGCACACUGUGGUUAGUGAGCGUGUUGUGAAUGCCUGAGCAUCCCUAAACAUCAGGUGAGCACUUUCGUUUUUUAGUUUUGCAACCUUUCAAAAAGACGGGCAGCAAAACAUAUCUUUUUCUGUUAGCUUUGUUGGUUUUGAAGUGUAGUAUUAGCUUUUAUAGGUUCAAAUUGAAGGUGUGUCUGAGCCACACAGAUUGUUAGGAGGUAGACUGAGGUACACUGUGAUCAUGAAUACAGCAUCAGUGCUUCUUCGCUUUUUGCAAGGACUUUUGCCGGGGCAUCUUUUUUGCUUUGCCCAGUACCCCAACUAAGAACUUCCUGCUACACCAAUAGUUUUUGUUGUAGUCUUUAUAUUGUAAGACAAAAACAGGAAAGACCGUCGAUCACUUGUCGGUGCCCAAGUCGCGCUCUGGGGACAUAUAUCUGAAGUGAAACUGCAUCAUUCCUGGCUAAAAGCUGGACACACUAGCAAUGUUUGUAUUCGGGCAAGUCGGAACAUGUUGCAAUGCAAAUAUAAAUGGUGCAAAAAAGA